AUGUCACCAUGUACGCAAAUGCUAAGGCCUUUGUUUUUGACUAAGUUAGAACAACUUGUGACUAAACAUCAGACAUCGCUUGGGUUGAGAGGCUCCUGCAACACCGGAGUUUCAAGCGACCAAAAGCUACUUGAUAGAAUGGACGAUGAGGAUUUGCUAAAUGAUCUUAAUGAUGAUUUCCCAACAACUGAUGAGAGUGAGGGAGAGGAAAUAGUCCAUGACGGCUCGCAGGAAAACACCGGCGGCGAGAUUAGGGCUUUCCUUGACCAUUACGAGCCGUAUGCCUUUUCAAAAGGUCAGCCAGGAAGCGCUGUAGAGGUUUCCAAAGUCUAUGCCUAUCACGUUGGCAUCUGCCGUUUAAUGGAUGAGAAAAGUCCAGCUAACGCAAUGCUGCUAAGUCUGGUACAGCCCGUUAUCCAACAAGAAGUUAGCCUUCUGAGAAAGCUUAUUGCUAGUAUCUAUGAUCAAAAGUUUCCGGAGCUGGAGUCGCUGAUUGCAUCUGCAAACAGUUACGCAAAGGUGGUACGCCUGCUCGAAACUAAAGGCGGUGGGAAGCUUGAACUCCAGGAGCUUCAGGAUACUAUAAGUAGAGAGCAAUUGCUAGUGCUUUCCAUGGCCAUGCAUACUGGCUUCAGGCAGGAAACAAAUUUGGCACCCAAGGAUUCAGAGCUUCUCAUGGACUCAAUCAACGUGCUCCUAGAGCUUUGUGAUCUACAAGAUAGUAUUGCGCAGUAUGUAGCGUCUUUGAUUUCGCAGGUGGCGCCUAACUUAUGUGCUCUAGUGGGCCCUGCGACUUCUGCGGCACUCAUCGCUGCCGCCGGCGGCCUUUUGGAGCUUAGCGAAAUGCCAAGCUGCAAUCUAGCAUCAAUCGGGAACUCUAAGCGUAUUUCCAGCGAGCUUGACUUCCACGAAAGUGGGGUGAGGCAGAGGGGUCAUAUAUACCACAGUAGCUUGGUUAGUGGCCAGCCCGUCACAAUACAAAAGCAGGCCUUGAGAAUGGUUUGUGCCAAGGUUUCACUGUGCGUGAGAGUUGAUGUUUCUAAAAACAGUCCUGGUGGAGAGCUUGGAUUAAAGUGGAGACAAGAUGUAUUGAAAAGGCUGCGCGGACUACUGGAUCCGCCAAACCUCUCUAACACGAAGGCGCUCCCGGUUCCAGAGGAUAAGCCUAAAAAAAAGAGAGCAGGUAAAAGGUUCCGCAAGUAUAAAGAGCAGUUUCAAUUGUCACACGUUCGCCAACUACAAAAUCGCAUGGAGUUCGGAAAGCAAGAAAGCACCACCAUGGACGUAUUUGGCGAGGAAAUCGGAAUGGGCAUGGCCAAUACUGUGAGGGCUGCCUUCGCUUCUUCGAGUGCCAACAACAAGGCCAAGUUGAGGAAGUCUAUGCAGCACAGAGUGGCAGCAGAAUCACAAAGCACGCAAGAUUUUUUAACGCUUGACGAUAGAUCGAACAAGUUGAUGGCUUCAGCUCCAGAAAAGCUGCAGAACACCGAAAAACAAGAUAAAAAAGCACCAAGUAACACUGAGAAUGAAUGGUAUCUCAAGUUACUGCAAGGGAAACGGCACACUGAGCGAUAG